AAAAAUACAAAAAAAAAUAUUAAAUAAACAAAUAGUGCACCAUUGCCAAUCCAAACAAUACAACACCAACAACAAGCACAACAACACAAUCGUCAACUUGUAGCAGCGAAGACAGCAUCGAAGAGCACCGCAGCAUUGAAGAUGAAUUGGAAGAUGUACAAGAAGUCGAAGAGGAAGAUAUAGACGAACAUUGUGCUGGUGAAGAAAAGCAACAGCAGCCGCAGAAAGAAGAAGAGCAGCAGCAGCAGCAGCCGUGUUCUACACCCGCAGAAGCUGCUUUCGGUGGGGUGGCAAAUGCUUUUAUCGAUGAACUUACUCUAAAUAAUGAAAUGAUGGCUAUAUCCCAAGCCGAUAGCGCUAGCGGCAACAAUAACAACUACAACUGCCACAGUGAAGAAUCACUGGAGGCCAUGGCAUUCAAAAGCAGCGUUGUCUGCUGCGUAGGUGAUUCCCCCAUGGCCAGUUAUAAUCUCGAUAAUUGCAAUGCCAAUAACAGCGACAGCGUCAGUAACAGCAAUUCCUGUAGCAAUAGCAAUAGCAAUAGCAAUAGCAAUAGCAAUGUUAAUUUGAAUGUCAACACCAAUUGUAGCAACACCAACUCCAACUCCAAUCAACCCUGCACAAUCAGCAACAACACAACCCCAUCCAAUUGUUCUAUGAGUAUGAGUAGUGCCCCGAAUGCAAAUGCAACGCUUAAUCGCAAUCGUGCCAACAUUUCACAUAUAAAUCAGAAUCAGAAUCAAAAUCAAAACUUAAAUGAUAAUCAGAAUCUGUAUUUGAAUCAAAAUCAAAAUCAAAUUCAAUAUCUAAAUCAAAACUCAAAUUUGAAUCAAAAUUCAGUGCAAAAUUCUAUGGCGAAUGCGAAUGUGAGCACAAUGCAAAGCCAAUUGAAUCCAAGUAUGUCCUCCAGUCUUGAGAUUAUACUCUCGCCAAUUAUACAAAGUAGUCGACGGGCUCAAUAGUCGGCGAAAUGAGUACGGAAUUAUGAGAAUUAACCAAUUUCAAUCGCCGUCAAUAGCCGAAUGUUGUCGAACAGCAGUCACAG